AUGGAUCCUUCAGAGUCGUCAUUCACCUUCCUGCCUUUCGGGUCCAUCAUCCAAGAGUUUCGUGUCAACGGCCUGAACAUCGUGCAGAACUUUCCCACGGAAGGGCUGUACAGGGAACAUAACUCGCCCUAUUUCGGUGCAACCAUCGGACGCGUUGCGAACCGCAUCGCCGGGGCCAAAAUUGGCUCACUGAAUGGCAGAUCGUAUGAUCUGCAUGCGAAUGAUGGACCGAAUUCCCUGCACGGUGGUCGCGUAGGUUGGGGCAGGAGAGACUUCGAGGGUCCAGUCCCACUGAACCGCGGCGGCAAAGAGUCGGUAAUGUUCAGGCUUCUGAGCCCGGACGGCGAGGACGGCUACCCCGGCACGGUGGAGCUUCGAGUUUGGUACGCAGGCACGAGGGAGCAACAGAAUGGCAUUGACAAGACCGUACUCGAAGUCGAAUAUGAGGCCGAAUUGAUGGGAAAGGACAGUGUGGAAGAAACAGUCAUCAACGUCACGAACCAUAGUUACUUCAAGCUUACCGAUGCGGCGACCUUCUGUGGGACGGAAGCCAUUCUGUCGACCAAUCAACACCUCGUGGUCGAUGAGCUCAGCAUCCCUACCGGGGCCAUGGAGCCUCAUCCCAGUAUCCCAUCCACCGGCAGCAUCGCCCUGGGCGAGAAAGAGCCGGCUAUUGACCACUGUUUCAUCAUAAACGCAGAGCCUGCCACUAUCCCCCUCGAUACUAGAUCAAAUCCGCUACGGAUGCUAGCUUCGUUUUGUCACCUAGAGACUAAGAUGCACCUGGAAGUUCUCAGCACCGAGCCAGCGUUCCAAUUUUACACGGGCGACGGUAUCGAUGUGCCAGCCGUAGAUGGCACCCCAGCACGUGGACCACGCUCUGGCUUCUGCGUCGAGCCGAGCAGAUAUGUCAAUGCAGUGAACAUGGAUGCAUGGAAAGGCAUGGUCACGCUGAGACGAGGUCAAAAGUAUGGCAGUAAAAUUGUUUACCGAGCAUGGCAGGAGUGA